GGACAAACUUGACUCAAACGAGUCAAGAUGCGUUUCUGAUAUCGUCAGUUGUCAUGUGACCAUAUCAAGAUGGCCGCGCCCUUGAGUUUGGAGGCGUGGCGUUAUAUAUAUUUUGCUGCAGUGUUAUACAGUGUUGUACAGUUCAAGUUAGGUUUUCAUUCAAGCUUUCCUCUCCGUUGAACCCCCCGGACAACAAUGGAAAAGGACAAUCUUAUUCUUCCCAAAGAUUUCCCGGAGCUGAAAAAUGACACAUUCCUGAGAGCCGCACGAGGAGAAGAGGUGGAGCACAUUCCUGUGUGGUGUAUGAGACAGGCUGGACGCUAUCUGCCGGAAUUCCGAGAAUCCAGGGCUGGAAAAGAUUUCUUUGAGACAUGCCGUUCCCCUGAAGCUUGUUGUGAACUUACUCUACAGCCUCUCCGACGAUUCCCAUUUGAUGCAGCCAUUAUCUUCUCUGACAUCCUGGUAGUGCCUCAGGCUAUGGGAAUGGAUGUUGAAAUGACUUCAGGAAAGGGCCCCACAUUCCCAGAACCACUGAAGGAGCCUGAAGAUCUACAGAGACUUAGGAGCAAAGUGGACGUGUCAUCAGAACUCAACUAUGUUUUUAAAGCCAUCACGUUAACGCGCCACAGAAUAGAGGGAAAGGUUCCUCUCAUUGGCUUUACAGGAGCCCCUUGGACUCUAAUGUCCUACAUGAUUGAAGGAGGAGGAUCCACCACACACUCAAAAGCUAAACGCUGGCUAUACAGAUACCCAGAAGCCAGCCACAAACUCCUGAGCCAGAUCACAGAUGUAAUAGUGGAGUAUCUUCUAGGACAGGUGAAAGCUGGAGCUCAGGCACUGCAGGUUUUCGAGUCUCAUGCUGGUUGUUUGGGCCCAAUAGAGUUUAAAGAGUUUUCUCUGCCAUACCUGAGAGACAUUGCCCGCCGUGUUAAGGACAAGAUCAAACAAUCUGGUUUGAACAGUGUGCCUAUGAUUGUUUUUGCUAAAGAUGGCCAUUAUGGGCUUGAGGACCUCUCUGAGUCUGGUUAUGAAGUAGUGGGUCUAGACUGGACCAUUGAUCCUCAUUCAGCACGUGUGAAAACUGGAGGAAAAGUUAGUUUGCAAGGCAACAUGGAUCCCUGCGCUCUUUAUGCCACAAAGGAGCGUAUAUCAGAGAUCGUGAGGAAGAUGCUGGAGGGCUUUGGCAUGAAGGGCUACAUCGCUAAUCUGGGUCAUGGGCUGUACCCUGACAUGGACCCAGAAAACGUUGGGGCAUUUGUGGAGGCCGUUCACACCCAUUCUCGCCAGCUCCUGAAACGCAAAUAAGACAUGACUCUGCAUUUCUCCAAUACAAGAACUAAAGCAGAAAUAACCAAUGAAUGACUGCGUCUGAUUCAUUUCAGUUAUUCUAUAGGCCAUCAGUUUUACCUAAAUCAGUUGUACUUUUAUAAUGGCUUCACAACGAUUCAUCUGAUCUUUAAUUAAAUUUACAUUUACAUGCAUUUGGCAAACGCAAGGAUAAUUAAAUCCUUGCUCUAAACAUGUCGUAGCCAGAUUGAUGCGUUUUCAUUAGAGCUGAUGCACUGAAGAAUGUGAAAUAAGUGAUGGUGGAUAAAAUCUGAUUGAAAAUGGAGCACUAUAUGAGUUUAAUACAUUAUCAUAGUAACAUCUGGACUGAGAUACACUGGAAUUAUGACUGACUCAAAUGAACCUUUGUGUACAUAUCAAUGUAUGUUUUAUAUAAAGUAAAAUAAAGGGUGUUUCUUUUAAGACAGUUA